AUGUCUUCCACGCCUUCAGACACUAGCUCAGGUCUGCCUCUCCGCCCAGCUCUCAAAGAAGAACCAACAAGUCCGAAAUGUGGACCAGUGAAAGUGGUCUCGAUAGCAGAACCUGAGCCCGAGCACGAGAAUUCGUCGUCGACGCCGCUAGACGAAACUGCGCGAUUGAAGCAAUUCAGAGCUGGCGUGGCGGAUAAGAGGAUGACGGGCCGCCCAAGCUUUCAUGGGACCGCGAGCUCGAGUUCGAUGUUAUCGUUGCUGAGACAGGGGAGUCUGGAUGAGGUUCCUCCUCUGCAACAGCCUUCUUCGUCUUCGAAUGUUUCGUCCGCGCAGCACACGCCUAGACAUACUGGUGCGGGGGAGGGGAAACAUGGACAUGGACUUGGACAUCAUCUGCAUGGACACGGUCACCACCACGAUAAACUGCUCUCGCAGGUCGCGGAAUGGCUCCAAGCCGAGAAAGCGAAGCGGGCAGCUCGGAAAUCAAAGAAAAGGGGAGAGGAAGAACCAAUUGAGCUUGAUGGAGCGUCUUCGCGGCCCCGAACCGGGAGCCAGAGCUCAGACUCGAGCGCUAUAUCGUUGGAGAAGCUGCAGCGGAUCUUGGAGGAUAACAUGAGUUCGUUUGGGCACGAGAGAUUACCUAUGUUGUCUCCCAGUCUGCGGCCUCAGAUGCCGGGGCGAUCGAGACGGCGGUCUUCGGCGAGGAAGCUCGGUGCUGUGAGCUCGGACACGGAGUAUCAGGAUGGAGAUGUCAUUGUGCCGUCGUGCGACGUCGUACUGGAUAAUUCGAAAACGAUGUCGUACACAGGUGGCGGCGCCGAAUCGAGCAGUGAAACCGUUACACUGAGCACGAGCAAGCGAGCAGAGAAGGAGCGGAAGGCGUGGCUGGGGUUCAAGAAUGAGAUUGUGAGGUUGGCACAUACGUUGCGGUUGAAGGGGUGGAGGAGGGUUCCACUUGAGAGAGGAGGUGAUAUCGAGGUUGAGAGGCUGAGUGGUGCGUUGACGAAUGCUGUUUAUGUUGUGAGUCCACCGAAGGACUUACCGGUGCCUACGCAUUCUCAACAAGGGGUUGCGGGAGCGCAUGCGAAGCCUUUUGUGCCUAGACCGCCGCCGAAACUGUUGUUGAGGGUUUAUGGACCGCAGGUCGAGCAUCUGAUUGAUCGAGAGAAUGAGCUUUCUAUUCUUCGUCGAUUGGCUAGGAAGAAGAUUGGCCCGAGGUUACUGGGGACGUUCACAAAUGGACGAUUUGAGGAGUUCUUCAAUGCUCAGACUUUGACAGCAGAGGAUUUGAGGGUGGAGGAUACGAGUAAACAGAUUGCGAAGCGAAUGAGAGAGUUGCACGAUGGUAUCGAGCUUCUUGAAAGCGAAAGAGAGGAAGGACCUUUCGUUUGGAGAAAUUGGGAUAAAUGGGUUGACCGAUGCGAAGAAGUCAUCUCUUACCUCGACAAAGAGAUUCUCAGCGGCAGGAAAGGCAAUCGCGAAUCUUGGAGAAAGAGAGGAUUGAUCUGUGGAGUCGAGUGGCCACUCUUCAAAGGAGCCAUUGACAAGUAUCGCAAAUGGCUUGGCGAGUAUUACGGCAAGUAUGGAGUAAACAACCGGCUAGUGUUUGCUCACAAUGAUACACAAUAUGGUAACAUCCUCCGCCUCGUCCCCGAAAACCCCACAGACGGCUCAACACCCUCACCUCUCCUACUCCCCCAAAACACCCACAAGCAACUCGUAGUCAUUGACUUCGAAUACGCAUCCGCCAACACGCCCGGCCUCGAAUUCGCAAACCACUUCACGGAAUGGUGCUACAACUACCACGACGCCUCUAAACCCUGGAUGUGCAACACGGAUAAUUACCCUACCUUGGAACAACAGACGCGCUUUAUACGUUCCUACGUUAACCACCGUCCGCAAUUCAAUCCCCGCGCCUCGGCAACCCCAAAAUUAAGCGCCAUGGAAGGAGUGAGUAGGAAUAGUAUUUCUGACUUCUACCUCGAUUCUCGGACGCCGGGAGGUAGUAGCUCGACGCUGGACCUAGCGUACGACUACAGUCAGGAAGAAGCGGCUAGGGAAAAAGACACAGAGCGCCGGGUCCAGGAACUACUAAACGAAGUCCGCAUCUGGAGAGUCGCGAACUCGGCGCAGUGGGUUGCGUGGGGCAUCGUGCAGGCCAAGGUCCCAGGGCUCGAUGAUCAGACGAAGGUCUUGAACGGGGAGGCGAUGACGGAGGAGCCCGGGGAGAUUAAUGGGGAUGCUCAGCAUCAUCCUCAGUCGGAGGACAAGAGACCGGAGGGGCUGAAAGCUGAGGCGUUGCUGGCGGGCGAGACGGUCAAGGAGGCGGAGGGGUUGGAGGAUGAGGAAGAUGAGUUUGAUUACUUGGCUUAUGCGCAGGAUAGGGCGAUGUUCUUUUGGGGGGAUGUGGUGGGGUUGGGGCUUGUUGGUAAGGAGGAGUUGCCGGAGAGGUUGAGGGAGGGGUUGAAGGUUGUUGGGUAUUAG